AUGUAUUAUUUUCAAAGGGAAGACUCAUCUCCAGGCCUGCCUCUUGAUAUUAGCUGUUUUGCAGUUCUAAAGCGUGCAUAUGGUCACCUUAUGGAAGACAAUAUGCAGCUUGGAAUCAAUCACAUCGACAAGCUGGAUUUCCUCGAAGCACACCCAAAAGCUUGUGUAAAAGCCUUUAAAUCGGAGAAUAUCAAAAAUGGCUUUGCGGCAACUGGAUUAGUGCCAUUUCAACGAGAUUGGGUCCUUCUACAGCUCAAUAUACAGCUGAAGACCCCUACACCACCUGGGAGCCGUGCUGGCACUAUACCAACCAAUUGGGUGCCAGAGACGCCUCAUAAUAUUAUUGAAUUACAGCAUCAGGCAGCUACAAUCAAGGCCUUACUAAAUCAGCGUAUGCAGAGCCCUCCGAGCCCUAUCAAUGUGGCUUUGAAUCAGCUUAUCAAGGGCUGUCAAUUAGCUAUGAAUAGUGCUGUCAUUCUUGCAAAGGAAAAUCAUGAUCUACAGGCUGCAAAUGAGAAGCAGAAGCAGAAGCGCAAACGAUCGACCAAUCAAAUAUCCCAUGAAGGAGGUCUUACAGUCCAAGAAGCUCAGGAUCUUAUACAGAGUCAAAUUCCGGAUCAGAAUCAGAUGGCAGAGGGUGUGGCCGCACCGGCCGCGGAGGCGGCUUCGGCACCUCGUACACGCGCGCCGCCAAAGUGUACUAACUGUAGAACUAUUGGGCAUAUACGGACUCGAUGCCCUAAUCGCUCUAAUUCAUAA